AGCACCGGUAUGCAGACAGGGGGCGGGGAAUUUUCAUUUAUUGAUAGGUCGGUUCAGCGGUCCAGGCCGUUGCGAUCGAGAGGACCACCAACCCCCCAACCCAAUCCAGUUACCUUCCUGGGCUCCGGUUAUGUUGUCACAGCCCCGUGACGCAGAUUCGACUAGCCCGAUGCGUCGUCGUAGGCGGGUCCUUUAUAUGUUCAUCCGAUCCUGCUUGGUGCCCUUUUGAACUCCCAUUCCGCUCCCCAUUCCCCUCUUCGUCCCUUUUCUUUCUUCAUGUCUUCAAAACGCGGUCGCAAGCGAAACGACAACUUGCCCCCCAAUCGUGCCAGGGAUGUCCAGCGGGCCUUUCGCGCACGACGCGCUGCUCAUUUACAGGCUUUGGAGCAGAGAGUGACUGAACUUGAGGAGGAGAACAAUUGCUUGCGCCAGGCUCUCAACCUCCCGCUAGCAAAUCGUCCCGCUCUUGGGAAGGGUCCCACUGGCAAGGAUAAGCCCAAGACGUACGAAAUAAAUGCAACAGGCACUUCUAUACCGCUGCGGUCCAGUCGGGAUUCCUCCAGUUCUCCUGGUUCGACACGCGCUAGUUCUCUUUCGCCUGGUAACCUUGCCACUACCGUCCCUCCGCGUUCCGUGACGGAGGUCGAGGGCGGUUCAUGGGACCAGACACUCAUGAUUAACGACCAGCAGUCUGACGUCCCCAGCUCGUCUGCCUCAUCCUCCUACCCUCUUCCCCCCAUGAAUCCCCCUCCAAUAAAACAGUAUACGUCGUAUACGAGCCCCAUUCCGACGUCACGAAAUUCUCUCCCCAGUAGCGUGUAUAUCUCCUCGCAAAACAGCUAUUCGCAUUCAGCCGACCGACCUGUGUCCUCGGGGUAUACGAACAGCGGGGGGUUUGUUGUGCGUGAUGUGCGAGAUGAACCUCGCUCUCAUUAUUCUUAUUCGCCGCAAUCUUCCUUUCAUGACAAUUCCAUGCCGUCCCAGAGCCCUCCGAACACCGCCCCACCUCUGCAUUCAUCCUCUUAUCAUUCACCACGCGAGACGUCGCUUUCUUACCCGCCCCAUCGACGCUCAUUGACAGAGCCUCAGCAGGCGUUUUCGAUAAACCAGGCAUAUCCGCACUUGCCAAAUCCUGUGCAGCAUGGGAUUCGUCUUCCUUCCCCACCAAAGCUGCAGGACAGCAGUCAUACCCAUCUGUCUCGGAACGCGUACGGACCUGACGGUCGUAUCAACCCGAUUCCGUGAUGACCCUUAAUGUCUGUAUGCGUCGCCCCUCCCCCCCAUAUUUAUUGACUCGCGGACUCGUUACCAUACCAGGCAAAGAAUGAUAUUUUGUAUC